AUGUCGUGGAAGAAGAGCGAUCGGCUCAUGAAGAGCAUUGCGCACUUCUCCAAGUUCCCAGCGACUGGUGUCUCCCUGCGUCAGAUGGUGCAGUUUGGCGAGAAGCCCUCUACUGGUAGGUUUGCUGGUUGUACCCUUUUCCGCGCGUCACAGUUCCUCGCCGAGGAGCUUCCCAUACGGCUGGCCCACCGGGUCGAGGAGCUCAACAAUCUCCCCGAUGGCCUGAGUGAGAUGCCCUCCGUCAAGAAGGUGUCUGACUGGUAUGCACAGUCAUUUGAGGGCUAUCUUCUGUCCGAGGCGACCUCUAACCCCAGCAUAGAAGAGGGCCAGUACUCCUCCAUGCCCAGUCAGCAAAACGGCAGCGGCAAUGGCAAUGCAUGGGCCAAGAAGUACCAGGCGUCACGGCGGUACUUUGCCAUGGUCGACGACACGGGCGACUGGCCGCCAGACCUGUACUUGUACAACCAAAAGUUCGCGCAGACGCUCCACAAGAUCAAGAGACGACAUGACGGCGUGGUGACGACGAUGGCGCAGGGCAUCCUCGAGUACAAGCGCAAGCGCCAGCGGAUGCAGAUCGACAACACGAUCCAGUCGUUCCUGGACCGCUUCUACAUGUCGCGCAUCGGGAUCCGCAUGCUCAUCGGCCAGCACAUCGCCCUAAGCGACCAGAACCACUAUACUGACCCCAACUAUGUCGGCAUCAUCUGCACCAAGACCAACGUCAUGGAACUCGCCCAGGAGGCCAUCGAGAACGCCCGCUUCGUCUGCGAGGACCACUACGGCCUGUUCGAGGCCCCCAAGAUCCAGCUCGUGUGCAACCCGAACCUGAACUUCAUGUACGUCCCGGGCCACUUGAGCCACAUGCUCUUCGAGACCCUCAAGAACUCGCUGCGCGCCGUCGUCGAGGCCCACGGCCAGGAUAAGCAGGAGUUCCCCGUCACCAAGGUCAUCGUCGCCGAGGGUAAGGAGGACAUCACCAUCAAGAUCUCCGACGAGGGCGGCGGCAUCCCACGCAGCGCCAUCCCCCUGGUCUGGACGUACAUGUACACCACCGUUGACCGCACCCCGAGCCUCGAUCCGGACUUCGACAAGAGCGACUUCAAGGCGCCUAUGGCGGGGUUCGGAUAUGGCCUGCCCAUCUCGAGACUAUAUGCUCGGUACUUUGGUGGCGAUCUGAAAUUGAUCAGCAUGGAAGGAUAUGGCACUGACGUCUACCUCCACCUGAACCGACUGUCGAGUUCCUCGGAACCUUUACAAUAG